GCCAAGGAAUGUUGGGGCGUGUUCACAUAGUGAAGAGAUGCCGAUGCACUACAUCCGAAAGACUGAUAAAGCAUCAUACUCUAAAGACCAGAUGCACAGAGCAGUUACUGUCUGCAAGAAUGGUGAAAUGGGUGUACGCCGUGCAGCUAAAGAAUUUGGUGUUCCUAAGUCUACUCUUGCAAAGAAGGUGAAAGAGGCAAAGAAUGGGAACGAACACUCGGUCCGUCUAGGCAGAAAGCCAACCUUGCCACUGGAGAGUGAAGCGGAACUGGCCCAAGUGAUUCUGGACAUGGAAGCACGAGGUGUUGGAAUCUAUAGAAAAGACGUCCGUGCAUUAGCGUAUGAGUUUGCAGUUGGCAACAACCUGCGGCAUGAUUUUAAUCAUAAAACUAAGAUGGCAGGGAGAUUUUGGUUGGCAGGUUUCUUGAAACGCUAUCCGGACAUUGUCCCCAGGAAGGCGGAAGGAAUUUCUAAGGCUCGGGCUAGGGGCAUGAAUUGGCAAGAAGUGGGAAAAUACAUUGAUCGCCUCGGUAACGUCAUGGACCAUAAAGGGUUUCAUCAAGCACCUGAAAGAGAAACUGAUGCAACAUUGGAGACUUCCCUGAUGCACAUUGAUCAGCAAGGUCAAAGGUCAGAUGACGUUGAAUCUAACACUCCAUCAACAAUACAAGGUCAUCAAGAUGAAACCAUCUGUCUGACCAAUUCCAUGGAGAUAGAAGACGAAUGUGCAGGAGAUGAUUAUACCAAUGAAAAGAAUGAUGAUGAUACCACUGAGAGGAAGGAGAUGGAGAUUGAUCCAUCAGAAGAAAGGGAGAACAAGUUUGUAGAGGAGCCUGAAAACACCAAUAGUGAUGAUUACUGUGAUACCAAGGAUACUGGUGAUGGUCUUCAGAGCAACGAGAUGGUGGUUCUUCUGUCAGAAGGAGAGCUCAAAUUCGUUAUAAAGCAAGAACCUGAAGACACCGAUGGUCAUACCAAUGUCAAUCGUUGUGACUCCUUCCUUCCAUCAGUACAUAGGGAGCUCCAAUCCUUUAUAAAGGAAAAGCCUGUUGAUAUUGAAGAGGAACGCCUGAUUUCUAAUACAAAGGAAGAGUCUGCUGACAGUUAUGAAAGAUCUUUUCUGCAUGAACCACAAUUAUGCAGUAAUCAAGGUGGGAAUCCAAGUAUUCAGAGCACCUCUCAAGGGACUGGAAACACUGGGAAUAUAUCGGGUGAUAUGUCAUGUGACAGGUCACAUGGGAAACAUCUUCAAGAGGAGGUUCCACUGCAAUCCCUUCUUGGAAACCAGUCAGAUUUAACUGAGAGAGAGAGCAGCUCAUCAAGUGAGUCUCUCUUACCAAACAAAGUGGACUCUCCCGAAGGAGAGAGUGCUACUACGAGUUCCUCCGUAUUAAAUAGUGAUGGUAGAAGAUUGGAUGGGAAUACAGACAGCAGAGGAAAUACGUUUUGUUGUUCAAUCUGCAAUGAAGAAUUCAAAAGCCGGGAUUGUUGGUGGAGCCAUGUGAAGAUCCAUUGGGAAGAUAAGUCUUACAAAUGUACUUACUGUGAGGAAAGAUUCCGGAAACACAACGAUCUAAGGAAUCACUUAACAAUCCACGCUGAGGAACGGUUGCAAGUUAGCGACAAACUCUUUGAUGAUGACUCAAAUCUUCAAUCAAGUGUGGUGGUUUAUAUAAAUGAAAAGCAAGAUCAUUGCUCAAGUAAAGAUAAGAGUUCCAAAGAGGAUGCACGCAUUGAAAAGUACUAUAAGUGUUCCAGUUGUGAAUCGCUGUUCCAAUCCUCUGAUGCUCUGAAGAGACACAUGGCAUCACAUCUUGAGUGUUUUUCUUGUAAGAAAGUAUUUGCCAAAUUUGAUCAUCUCAAAUACCAUAUUAUGAUGAGUCACAAGGGAGAGAACCCCAGUCUGUUGAGGCCAAAUCAGUGUUUUGUUUGUAAGAAAUCAUGUCACACACCUGGUGAGCUGAAAAGCCAUAUGGGAAUCCACAAAGAAAAAGUGCAGUACCAGUGCCUUGUUUGUGAGGCAGUGUUUUCCCGAUAUGAUUGGCUAAAUGCCCAUAUGCGAAUGCAUACAGAAGAAAGGCAGUAUGAAUGUUCUGAGUGUAAGGAAGUAUUCCACAGAGCUGAUCUGAGGAUGCAUGUCAGAUCACACAAUGUAGAGUGGCCAAAAAAGUGUUCUUUAUGUGACGACAGCUUUACCUCCUGGGCACAUCUUAUUGGUCAUCGACUAAAACACACAGGAGAAAAACCAUAUUUAUGCUCCAUCUGUAAGGAAGAUUUUACAAGAAAAUUUGAUGUCGAUCGACACAUGGAGAUUCAUACGCAAGAAAAACCUAGUGAUAUGAACAAGAAUACAAGAGAAGGGUUAUUUGAGUGCCCUGAGUGUAAGAAAACAUUCUCCAAAGCUCAUUGUCUCAAACGUCACAUCCAAACCCAUACAGGAGAAGAACCAUGGAAGUGCGCCGAGUGCGGGGAGUGCUUUUCAUUUUCAGGGCAACUUAAAGUUCACCAAAUAAAACACACUGGAAUAAAACCAUAUCUGUGCUCCAUUUGUGGGAAAGAUUUUUGGCAAAAACAAUAUUUAAGUGACCAUAUGAACAAUCAUAUGGGAGAAAGGCCAUAUAUAUGUUCUUUUUGUUCAAAGAGUUUCAAAUCUAAAGCAUAUUUGAGGUCUCACAUUCUUACAUGUCCCUGACAUAAAUCCGGUCGGAGCAGUGUGGGGGAUGAUAGCAAUAUACUGAUCUGAAAGUUUGAACCCCCCCCCCCACACUAAGGGCUAGGUUUAUGAACAUUCAUGCACAUACUGCUACCAUCUUUCAGUUAAAGAACUAUUUUUUCAAUAUCUAUAAAGUAAUGAUUAUGCGAACAGGUGAAGACGAAAUGUCAUAAAACCUCUUUCAAUUGGUGAGUAAUUAUCACAUCACGGGCAAUACGUAUGUGUGUAUACUGUAAAUAAGUACAUUAUAUACCAUCUUUCAGUUAGAUGCCUAUCAUGAAAUUUGUUUGAUGGCUAAUAGUGUGAUGGAUUUGUUGGGAUAUAAAGAAAAAAAAGAAGUGAUAACAGAAAUGUAGGGAGAUAGUAUUUUUGCGAGCCUUGAAAAGUUGCUUCUGAACAGUCGUUUAAAAUGAUGGGCAUAUAGAUUUUUAUGAACUAAAUUAUCAAUUUAAUCUACAGAAGAAAAUGAAAAAGAAUUAUAAAGAGACAGUAUUAAACAGUCCAUAUUUUGUUCAAUGAAAACCAUUUGCUUACUGGUGAAAGGUGAG